GUAACUGCGGCGCGAGGAACUUCAGCAACUUUGUGUUUUGCGUUCUGAGGCCGUAAACAACAAACAAACAACCGAGUAAACAAACAACGAGCUCCGGCGCAGACCCGCGGGCAGAGUGAGGAGCUCCGCCGCGCAGCAGAUGCAGAGAGCGGCGUGUGGAGGAGCUGAUGCCCGCUGAUGCUGCUCCAUGAUCGUGUCCGCGGCGUGAGGUCGAGGGCUCCGAGAUGCCCGGGGGCCGCAGGGGCCCCAGUAGACAGCAGCUGAGCCGCUCCGCGCUGCCGUCGCUGCAGACACUGGUGGGCGGCGGCCUGAGCAAUGGGGCGGGGCUUCGAUGCAGGAGCAGCAGUGCGGUGGGUCUGUCAGCUCCGCCCCUCACCGCCCUCAUCACCCCUGAGCCGGUCCGUCACUCCCGCAUCCCGGAUCUCCCUCUGGACAGUAACCUGCUGUUCGAGACGCUGCUGCUCCUCUACCUGCUGGUGGCGCUGUUGGUCCAGUACAUCAACAUCUACAGGACGGUGUGGUGGUCCUCCUACAGCCAGCCCACCGCCUCCACGUCACUGAACUUCCACCUGAUGGACGCUCACCUGGCCGUGUUCAUCGCAGUGAUGCUGUCCCGCAGGCUGGUGUGGACGCUGCUGUCGGAGGUGUGUGUGGCGUGUCCCGCGUCUCCGCUGUGCUACGUGCUCCUGCUGGCGGUGCGUGUGUGUGUGUUGACGCUGUGCGGCUGGGUUCUGUGCUGGACGCUGCUCAACCUCUUCCGGAGCCACUCGGUGCUGAAGCUGCUGUUCCUGGGAUACCCGUUCGGUGUGUACGUGCCGCUGUGCUGCCUCCAUCAGGACGGCUCUCCCGCUGCCGACUGCGGUUUUGCGGAUGCGGACGGGGCCGACGGGGCGCUGCUGCGGCCGAGAGACUUCCUGACGCUGCUGCGGGAGAACCUGCGCCAGCAGCUGAGCGGCACACACACACACACGCACACACACACCUGCCCGCCCUCACCUGAGCUCAUCCGCAGUGAAGUGCAGCAGCUCAAGACCGACUUCAACCGCCGCAUCAAGGAGGUGCUGUUCAACUCACUGCUCAGCGCGUACUACGUGGCCUUCCUGCCGCUCUGCUUCGUCAAGAGCACUCAGUACUAUGACAUGCGCUGGUCCUGUGAGCACCUGAUCAUGGUGUGGAUCAACGCGUUCGUGAUGCUGAUGAGUCACCUGCUGCCGCCGCAUUACUGUGACCUGCUGCACCGCUGCGCCGCUCACCUGGGGAGAUGGCAGAGGCUGGAGCCCGGAUCCUGCAGCAACACCCCGCAGCACACCUGGUCCGACAGCACCAUCUGGCCGCAGGGAGUUCUGGUCCGCCACAGCCGCUGCCUGUAUAAAGCCGUCGGCCCGUAUAACGUGGCUCUGCCCUCCGACGUCUCGCACGCACGCUUCUACUUCCUCUUCCACAAGCCACUGCGGCUGCUGAAUGUGCUGAUCGGGAUCGAGUGCAGUGUGGUUGUGUAUCAGCUGUACUCUCUGCUGCGCUCUGAGCGCUGGAAUCACACGCUCUCGCUCGGCCUGAUCCUCGUCUGCAAUUAUUACGUGCUCUUCAAGCUGCUGCGCGACCGGCUGGUGCUGGGCAAGGCGUACUCGCACCCGCUGGGCAGCGCCGGCCUGGGCAUGAAGAGAGACUGACCCCCCCGCCGCCGCCGCUCCGUCUGUGUAGGGGACGCUUCCUCUGCGCCGCUACACCACCGCUCACCCAGAGCCAGCCAAAGACUGAAUCUGACCAAUCACAGAGCAGCGCUGGGCAGGGGGGCGGUCCGGCUCGCUCUGCCGCCUCUCCUGAGUGUUCCUCCAGCGUCCGCCUGCAGAUUCAGACCGGCCGGACAUCUCGCUCCCUACUCUGUGCCAAACCCCAGGGGCGUGGCCUCGUGUAAGGGUGGGGCUCUUUGGACUCUGGGCGGAGCCUGUGACGGUCCAGCUUACAGUAUUUUACUAAACGUCUGCAUUUCACACAACCAAAGGGAGGAGGAGGAGGAGUGAUGAAGCAGACCUGCGGAUCAUCACACACACACACACACACACACACACACACACACACUGCCUUGAUGCGCAGGCUCCGCCCCCUGCGCUGUGUGUUUUAUACAGGACUGAUUGUGCUUAAUUAUUAAAACUCUUUUUUUAUGCUU